AAAAUUUGUCGUGAUUAUCUUCCUUUGUAAACUCCGAUUGGUGGAGGAUAGAAAGGUCUUCGAUAAACGAUUCACAACGACGAAGGGAGCACCGAGGGAAAUUUGUUUACCAGUCCACAUUUUUGACAGUCGGGAAUAAGACUGUGAGGUGAGACAUCCCAAAUAACACCAUGGAAAAAAGAAACUUGGAGACAUGUAUAGUCAAGCUUCAGGAGGCUGAGUCUGACAAUGAAAAAUUUGCUGCUAUGUUGAUGGUAGCUAAAACAACAAAAAGUUCAGAAAUGACUACAGAGGAAAAGAAGAGAAUUUUAGAUGCCAUUGGACUGACUUUUCUCAUCAGACUCUUAAAAUCAGAUUCACAUCCAGAAGAUUGUUCAGCCAAUAUCUACAAAUCCAUGGCAUUGUCAGUCUUAUCUGGGCUAUGUGCAGAUUCCAAAUUGGUUGAAAGUACCUCUCUAUAUCGUAUUCUGAAGCCCCUGAAUGAGAUAAUUGUAACAAAACAAAGUAACAGUGAAGAAUUGGAAAACAUGGUCAACGAUGCGUUUGAGGUCCUGAAGAUGUUUGCUGGAUCCCAGCAGGGAAUCAAGCAAUUAAUGGACAGUGGGACCAUUGCUUCCCUGGCUAAAGUCAUUUCCAAAGAUUUGUAUGGUUCCAGUAAAGCCUCAGAUUUGAUGACCUACAUACUCCAUGCCAUGAGGCCCUGUAUUUGGACUGGUCAAGGAAAAGCCCUGGAAAAGAUGCUCAAUUUCUAUGCUCAGAAUAUGGAAGAAAAUCAGAACCAAGAAAAAUUUGAAUUGUGCAAUUUCAUAGCCUUGAUUUUGAGGGUGAUGCCCAUGGAUGAGAUUGAUAUGACAGAAAAACAACCAUGGAAGACUUCACUUUUGAAAGGAAUUCAAGAUAUAUUCAGUAGUCGGUUGGGAGAGGCUCAAAGAGAACCAGCCUUGAAACUGGUCGCCUCGUUAAUAGGCCAAGUAGGAAUGGAGUUUAUUCUGCCACCUAACACUAAGGAUAACAAAGUCCUUCUUAUGAUAAUUCACCUGAGUUGUAUUGAAGUCAGGAUAACCUUAGAAAACCUACCCAUACAAAAGGUUUGUGAGAAGGCAGACUUGCUAUGUGCUUGCUAUCACUUGUUGGAAAACAUCAUAAUCUACCUGACCACAUCUCCUAGUCUUCUCCUGGAUGAAAAACAGAUUCUACAGCUUCACUCUGCCAUGUUGGGUGCGUUCCAUUCCAUCAUCUUUUUCCUGAAGGAACUGUCAGAUGAAAACAAUCCACAGGGACAGUAUCAGAAUCCUGUUGUGAUUGCUACAGUCCGAGUAUUAGGGGCGUGGCUUGCUGAGGAGACUUCUGCUCUCCGUACCAAGACUUAUGAAAUCUUGCCUUUUCUUUUACAGAUAUGCAAACUACAAUUAGAAUUUUCCAAUGAGUUAAGCAGUAAGGAAGAAAACAUUAAUGCCGAUAGGUUAAAAAAUAUCAAAAGAGAGAUAGAUGAUGACACACAGGCUAUGUCAGAUGCUUUAUCAGAAGGUCUAAGUCUGGAAGAACAGAAUGCAAAAAUAUUAGAAGUAGAGCAAGAUAAUGAUGAGAAAGUCAAGAGUGGGGAGGAAAACAAAAGUGUAAAGAAAGGAAACUGUGAGAGUGAAUCCAAAACUAAAGAAAAUGGAAAAGAAGCGGAUGAAAAGGAAACAAAAGGGAAAAGUGUCACUUUCAAAACUGAUCUUGAUGGUGAAAAUUCAGAACCAAAUUGUGUUGACAAUGCAAAUUCUGAGGGUGUGCAUGUGGGGAAAGAGACAGAGCAGAUGGUCAAUGGAACCUCUAAAAAUGAGACUGAGGAGGAAGAGGCUGAGGAGGAGUCUGUGUACUUAAUGGAUCAGAGCACCACGAGUGUGGACCUGCUACGAUUUCUGUUGCCGGGCUUGUGUCACCUGACAUCUGAGGACGAUCCAAGGAAAAUCCUAGUGGACAAUGAGUUGUUACCCAUGCUGAACUUUUAUUUGAAACGUUUGUUGAAGAGAUAUUUCAGAAAUGAUUCCAAUGAUAAUGUUGUAAAAGCACUGGAACUUCUGUGUAACAUUUUCCUGAACUUUGCUGUGAUUGAGCCAGGGUUGGUGAGGAAAAGUGACCAUCUAAUCAAUGUAACAAUAGUUGUCAUGGAAGCUGUACCUAUAGUAGGUCGCAAAACAGAGUUUACUCCUCUAUGGCUCAAGAUGGUUACCUUGGGAAUGUUUUAUUUACGACAUCAAAGCUCUGCUAUACGGAGUGUGGCUGCUGAUGACAUCUUGGUUCACUUCUUUAUCUGCGCCUGUACCUUUGUUAAGGGGGCCUUCAUCAACAGCUCCAAGAACAGGAAGAAGGAUGUGUUGACUGUGUCCCCUCAUUAUCUCCCUUUUUGGGAGGAGGCCUCCCAGCUAUGGUUCCUUACUAUACAAGCUAUGACAUCCUGCACAUCGAUGUAUCCACAACUGGUAAAGGCCACUCUCGUCUCAGGAAUGAUGCCACAGCUAGCAAAGGUCUUCAUUGCUGUGCAAGGUCGUGAUGUUGGAGAGGAAGUAAUCAGAUGUGUUCUGUCUUUGUUUAUCACCAUGGCACAUUGUCACGAGCAAGUCAGAAAUGUCAUCAAAACCACUGGUGGUCUACAGCUGUCAAAGAUUUAUGACUCAAAGGAAUUGCGUAAAGAGUUAGGAAUUGCUGAAAAAGGUGGACAGGAAAAGAAAUCCUGAUGGCAUUCCAGUUUAUUUCUUUGGGACUCUCAGAUUGAACAGAUAGAAAGGCAAAAGGCUAUAAAAUAGGGGAAUUUGUCAUUAAAUACACUCACCAAAUGGGAUUCAAAUAAGAACAUGUACAUGUAUAUUAGAUGCUACAUGUACAUGUAAGUUCAUUGUUGGCUACAUGUACACAUUAAUAGAUUAACUUGGUGAAAUUCAGUGGAUGUAAUUUUUGUCUAUCCCUUAUAAAAUGAACUCUUGAUUUGAUAUGAAGUGUCGUUCCUGCUUCAAUGUAUCUGUAUUAAACUCUUUUUUUUUUUUAGUUCCUGCCAAAUCAUAAAGUCAUUUUAUAGUUCCAUUAAAGGAGCUUUGAACAUAACUUACAAAGCUUUUGAUGAAAUGAUGGAAUUUUGAAGGAAGUCAAUACAUUUAUUUACAUUUUACAUCAUUAUACUUUUUGGUUUUUUGACAAGUACACGAGUACCUGUUUUGAAAAAGAAAAUAUUGGUGUGACAUGCAUUUUAUGAACAUAAUUCUCUAAUAUCAAGUAUGGUAUUCAACACAAGAUAUAUUGCUUUAUUUUUGGAAUUUUCCCAUUGAAUUUUUUUCGUAAAUAAGAGCAGCAAACAAUCCUGAUUCUUGAGUGUCUUUCUGAUUUAAUAAUCUAAUUUUACAUUCAUAACUGCCAAAUAUAUUGGUUUGUCUCUCCUGAGAGUGUUGACAUUUGCCGAUGAAGCUUAAUGUUAUUGUCUCAACAAAUAAACAUGUAACUUAAA